AUGGCCACCACAAGCGGUAAUAAUAGUAUCAAUCAAAGUAGCACCAACACCACUUCAUCUCUUGUGAAAUCUCCAAAGAGAAAUUACUAUGACGUGUUUGUGAGCUUUAGAGGUAAAGACACUCGCUUCAGUUUCACCGACCAUCUUUUUGCAGCCCUCCAAAGAAAAGGUAUUUGUGCAUUUAGGGAUGACACUAAACUCAACAAAGGUGAAUCCAUAGCACCUGAGCUCCUUCGAGCAAUCCAAGACUCUCAGAUUUUCAUAGUGGUUUUCUCUAAGAACUAUGCUUCCUCGACUUGGUGUUUGAGAGAAUUGGAACACAUCCUUCUUCACUGUGGUCAACCACCGGAAAAACGUGUUCUUCCUGUUUUCUAUAAUGUUGAUCCUUCUGAGGUGAGACAUCAAAAAGGAACUUACGGGGAAGCCUUAGCUAAACAUGAACAAAGAUUCCAGCAAGACUCUGAAAAGGUGAUAAGAUGGAGGGAAGCUCUAGUACAAGUUGCAGAUAACUCUGGCUGGGAUGUGCGUCAUAAGCCACAACAUGCAGAGAUUGAAAAGAUUGUUGAAGAGAUUAUUAAGAUAUUAGGUUGCAAGUUUUCAAGUCUUCCAAAAGAUUUAGUAGGGAUACACUCUCCUAUACAAGAAUUAGAAAAGCAUUUACUUUUGGACUCACUUGAUGAUGUCCGUGUUGUAGGAAUUUGUGGGAUGGGUGGAAUAGGGAAGACAACUCUUGCCAAUGCUUUAUACAACAAAAUCUCUCCUCAAUUUGAUGUGUGCUGCCUUAUUGACGAUUUAAGCAAAAGUUAUAGGCAAGAUCCGAUCAGUGUACAAAAGCAGAUUCUACUUCAAACUCUAGGCGAUCAACAGCUUCAAACAUUCAACUCUUGCAAUGCAUCUAACCAAAUAGGAAGUAGACUACAUCGUGUAAAGGCCCUUAUAACUCUUGACAAUGUUGAUCAAGUUGAGCAACUCGAGAAAUUAGAUCGUGAAUGGUUUGGUCCGGGGAGUAGAAUAAUUAUAAUUUCUAGAGAUGAGCAUAUAUUGAAAGAGUAUGGAGUGGAUGUUGCUUACAAAGUUCCACUCUUGAAUGAUAAAAAUUCUCUUCAAUUACUAAGUCGAAAAGCUUUUAAACUUGAUCAUAUCGUGAGUAGAUAUUAUGAGUUGGCAUUUCAGAUACUACAUUAUACCAAUGGCUUGCCACUUGCAAUUAAAGUACUCGGUUCAUUUUUGUUUGGUCGUAAUAUCUCUGAAUGGGAAAGUGCAUUGGCAAGAUUGAGAGAAAGUCCAAACAAAGAUAUCAUGGAUGUGUUACAAUUAAGUUUUGAUGGCUUGGAGGAAACAGAAAAGGAAAUAUUUCUUCAUAUUGCUUGUUUUUUCAACUGGGAAAUAGUGGAAUAUGUUACGAAUGUUCUUAAUUGUUGUGGAUUUCAAGGUGAUAUUGGAUUAAGAGUUCUAAUUGAUAAAUCCCUUAUAAUGUCAACAGGAUAUUGUAUUCAAAUACAUGGUUUGUUGAUUGAGUUGGGCAAAAACAUUGUUCAAGAAAAAUCAAGAAAGUGGAGCAGAGUUUGGCUCCUGGAACAGUUCUACAAUGUUAAGUUGGAGAAUAUGGAAAACAAGGUUGAAGCCAUUUAUCAUGAUAGUGGAAAAGAUUCAUGA